AUGUGGGAGAGUGAGAAAACCAAGCUGCUCAUCUCUCAGCAAACACAAAAAGUGGUGGAAAAGGAGGCUGAGACGGAGCGCAUCAAGGCUGUCAUUGAGGCUGAGAAAGUGGCACAGGUGGCCGAGAUUAAGUUCAGCCAAAAGGUGAUGGAGAAGGAGACCGAGAAGAAGAUCUCUCAAAUUGAAGAUGGAGCGUUCCUGGCACGGCAGAGGGCCAAAGCAGACGCAGAGUUUUACACAGCGCAGAGAGCAGCAGAGGCAAACAAGAUGAAGCUGACCCCAGAGUACCUGCAGCUGAUGAAGUUCAAAGCCAUCGCCACCAACAGUAAGAUCUACUUUGGGAGCGAGAUCCCACACAUGUUUGUGGACUCAGGCUCCGCUGGCAACUCCGUCAAAGCCUCAGCCGCCCUGGACGUCCUGGGAGAGCAGCUGAUGGAUAUGGAAUAG